AACAAGAGUAGCCUUACUACAAACAACCAAACAGAGAGUUGGCUGUCCCUCUCACAUAUGAACCUUGAUUCAUGUUGAUAAGGUAGAUUUGACGACGAUAACCUCUAACGUGAUUUUUCAAAAGCUCAUUUAAAACCGCUUAUCAUUCAGUUGCGGACUAAUCAACGUAAGUGUCAGUGGUGGUGAUUUAGUAAAUAUAUUUUUCACAAAAUUCUAUAGUGAUAUCUGUUACAACACUCAUAAAAAUGCCGAAUACAUUAGAACAACUUAAGGCUGUAACGACUGUAGUUGCAGACACUGGAGAUUUUGAGGCAAUGAAAGCCUUCAAACCCACAGAUGCUACAACAAAUCCUUCACUAAUUCUGGCUGCAGCUUCUCUGCCUCAAUACAAACCUUUAAUUGAAAAAGCUAUUCAAUAUGGAAACAAAUUGGGAGGAGAACUUUCAGAAAAGCUGGAAAAUACUAUGGAUAUGCUCUGUGUAUUAUUUGGUGUGGAAAUUUUGAAAAUUGUCCCUGGAAGAGUUUCGACUGAAGUAGAUGCCAGGUUAUCUUUUAAUAAAAAUGCUAGUGUAGCAAAAGCACGUAAAAUAAUUCAACUUUAUGAAGACCAAGGUAUUUCUAAAGAUAGAAUUUUAAUCAAAUUAGCUUCGACUUGGGAAGGAAUACAAGCAGCAAGGGAACUAGAAGCUAAUCAUGGAAUACAUUGUAAUUUAACUUUGCUUUUCAACUUCGCUCAGGCCGUAGCAUGCGCAGAAGCUGGAGUCACCUUGAUAUCACCUUUUGUGGGAAGAAUUUUGGAUUGGUAUAUCGCUAAUACGGGCGUUAAGAGUUUUCCCGGAGAAGAAGACCCCGGAGUUAUUUCUGUUACAAAAAUUUAUAAUUAUUACAAAAAAUUCGGAUACAAAACAGUUGUUAUGGGAGCAUCAUUUCGUAAUGUAGGUGAAAUAAAAGCAUUAGCCGGUUGCGACUUGCUGACCAUAAGUCCUAAAUUGCUGGGUGAAUUGGAAGCCAGCAACGAAAAUCUUCAGACCAAAUUGAGUGUAGAAAAUGCAUUAAAAUCUUCUUUGGAAAAAAUCGAAAUCGAUGAACCUACUUUUAGAUGGAUGUUGAAUGAAGAUCAAAUGGCCACUGAUAAACUUUCAGAUGGUAUCAGAAAAUUCGCAGCAGAUUCUAUUAAAUUAGAAGAAACGCUCAAACCUUUGUUGUGGAACUGUGCUGCAAAUAAAUAAGAAAAACAGAAGUAUAUAUGUUAUUGAUAAUAUAAAAAUAUAUAUUUGUUUAAAA